UAUUUUCAUCCAAAAACCUCGUACGAGCUGCAGAAAGCCCGAACCAGAAGCGGGGAGAAGAGAGCGCUGCCCUAAAAGAAUCUUCCCAUUCGGACCUCAAAUUGCACGCGACAGAGAGAUAUCCGGGCCGUAUAUUAAAAUAAGAUGGCCCACGGCGGCUAUGCCAAGCGCCGGGUCGCCGAGAGGAGGCCCGUCAGCCGUCGAUCGAAGGGGCCAGGUGGAGGGAUAGAUAAGAAGAAGAAGAAGCCCAAAACCGUUUCUCUCAAGAACCAAAUCCGAUCCACAGAGCGAAUGCUUCGCAAGAACCUUCCCCUUGAAGUCAGGAAGGCUCAGGAGGAUAAAUUGGAAGAACUUAAGAAGCAGCAAGAGUUGCAUACUCGUUUGGCAAUAGAACGUAAAAUAUUUCUGCGAAACAGAAAGAUAAAGUUUUUCGAGAGAAGAAAGAUAGAGAGGAGAAUAAGGCGUUUGGAGAAACUGCAGCGCACAUCAUCUGAUCAUAUCUCUGAAAGAGACAUUGCUGACCAGCUUUCCAAAUUGAAGGAAGAUCUUGAAUAUGUCAGGUUCUUCCCCAAGACUGAGAAAUAUGUUUCUUUAUUCAUGGGAGGCGACAGUUCAGAAAUGGUUGAUAGGAGAAACAGAUUACGCAAACAGAUCAAAGACAAUAUCAUGGCUGCAGCAGCUAGUGGGAAGGAUUUGGAAGAAACAGGAAGUGAGGAUGACGGCAUUUUAGACAUGAGCGAGGAUGAUUUCUUCAUGAGUGGAAGUUCAAGUGAUGAAGCGGAUGCAGACGACGAAUGGACAGAUAAAAGCACAAGAGAACAGGCUUCAAGUACUUCUGGAAAAGCAGCAUCUGGCAUGUCCAGCGAUGAAAAGAAUCAGAGGCAUGUGUCUGCUCGAGUUCUAAUGCCUCCACCUCGUCCAUUGACUAUUUCAUCCAGAACCGCUGGCCGUGCUCAAACGAGGAUUGCACACCCAUCAAGUAAGAAACAAUCCAUUGAGAAGGUAGAGUUCUCCACAUCUAGCAACACAUCCCAUAGCAGGAGUGGAAAUUCUUCGAAGAGUUGGGGAUCGUCUAAUCCCCGAACAGGCCAUAGUAAUCUUAGUUCCAACUCUGACGCUCACAAGCCACGAAGAAAAAGGAGACCAAAGAAGAAAAAACAGGCUUGAAUGAAAUGGAGUUCUAGCACCGGCUGUCCAUGUAUUACAAGCUUUUUGUCCAUUGGAGUUCCAUCCUUACCAUCGGGUCCUGUUCUCUUACUCAUCAAUGAAGGAUCCACUUUCUGUCUUGUAUCAUCAUAAUUUAUUUACAUUGCUGCCCUUUUCAACUGCUCCAAGGUAAAAAUUAUUAUUUUUUCAUGAGAUCGACUACUGCAUCAAAAUUCCCUACCAUUUCUAUCAUUCUAAGACAGGGUCUCAAUCGAAGUACAAAGCACAUGAAGAAAGGGUUUUGUCUGAUAACAUGGCUUGCAUCUGGGUGUAUGGUAGGGGAGUUCAUUUUCAGGGAUGAUCAGGAUGGUAUUUGCAAUUGGAGUGGAUACUUAGUCAUGCAUUGCAUUUACAAAAUCAUGAUGCUAAUUAGAGAUUCCUGUUUCAGUUGCUUCUAA